UUUGCUCUGUGACUUCGCGUUGUCAGUUUUGGCUUGUGAAGUGAACAACUAUGUAGUGUCAAGUGCGGAUCAAAAUUACUACUGCGUCAUGCAAUCCGGACGGUACUCGCAUCGAAUGUUGCAAAGGUUUUAGAGCGUCUGAUACCUCAUGCAGCAUGGGAGAAGCUUUAGUGCAUCUACGAAAGUGGAAGCUACUACUCCAUCCAAUGCCUCUGUUGAAGCUCACUGCAAAAGUAACUUGGAAUUGGAGGUAGUUCUUAAAAAUUUCACUCGGCGUUGCAGACAUAUAUCGAGACUUUACACAAUAGGGAAUAGCACUCUUGGUUUGCUCUUGACAAACCUGGAGUCUCUGAGCCUGAACCUGCAUAUAAGAAUGUGGGAAACAUCCAUGGAGACGAGCCUCUUGGGCGAGCGUUGGUGCUUCUGCUUUCGGAUUGGCUCUGCUAUAACUAUAAAAAGGAUCCCACGGCCUCUUAUAGUGGACAAGAUACAUCUGCAUCUAUUCCCAUCCAGGAACUCAGAUGGUUUUGCUGUUGCAAAGCCGGGUCCCACUAGAAAUAAUGCGCACAAUGUCUAUCUUAACCGUGAUUUCCCUGACCAGAUUUUCCGCGUCUGGAAUGAUCAUCGAAAGAGCAUGCCAGAGCUUGUGGCGGCCACAGUCACGUCAGGAGUACAUGGGUGUGUCAUGUCAUUAAAGGAAGGACGGCCAGUGGCUGCUACAAAUGAUAUCACGGGCGUAAGCCAUUCUAUGAAAGCGAGCACUAGAUUUGGAGACUAUUACCGCCUUCUAGUUCGUGGGCAAGUUUACGGAGUGACAGCGAGCGCCCCCGUGUACUACAACCGAACAACUUCUAUAUUUCUUCCCAAUCAUGUUCCCGUUACGCUGGACUUUAUCCUUGAUCCAUUAGCUACUACAGUUGAUGCUGCACUUAUAAGAGGUCAUGGCCUGUUUGACAAGGGAAAACCCCGAACUACCAUCUCACCAGCUCCACAAGAAAAAUGUUUCGGUAAAGGCACUGUUUGAGGAGCAGGGAAAUAAACCACCACCCAAAGAAAAUUCCUUCAAACCGGCCAAAAUCCUUACAAAAGGACUUGAUUUCGAUUAUGAACCAGGUUUUGGGCUGUCAAAGCAACUCAAUCCAUCUAUCUAUUUAGUGCUCUUAAUUUCAGCUGCAACUAUUUUGAUUUGUUUGUUCCUCUCUAGAAGCGGCUUCAGCAACCUAGCACCACGUAAUCAGCAGAUUUUUUAAAGAAAAUGAGCGGAUAGAGCAUUACCUUCAUCAACUUAGUAUUAAAGUUUGCUCAGGAAUAGUAGAUGACCAGAGGAAGCUGGAAAAAUACGGUGCACUCUAAAGAGCUGGUUUGCACCAAGACAUCGAGAGCUUCUUCACUUGGAUUAGGUAAUUUUCAAUUAUGUUUUUUCGGUUUGGUAGAAUGAAGAAACCGUAAGAUUCAACAGGUAAGACUGAUGGUCUAUUCUACCAACACACUUAAAAGAAACAAAGGAUUAUUUCUUAA